AACCAUGAGAGAUGUCGGCAUCUGCCGUGGUGUUGUUGCGAAGAACACCCGAGUCUUUCUAUUUAUUAGGUUUUUUGGGUAUCGAUGAAGGCCAAAAUUGAAAACAUAGAAUAAGAAAGUCUAAACAUGUAACUACACAUUUAUGCCCUCGUUUCGGAUUGCCUCUAGAAGAUGUUCGAUCUCCCAAUCUAGGAUAGGCGCUGGGUGCGUGUGCGGGUGCGGGGCAUUUCAAAUUUGUGAUAGGUAGGAUAAACAUGAGAUUGAUUUUGUUUUGUUUUUUUUUCCAUUCGCAUUUAUGAAACUUAAAAUUUCUGUAAUAUUUUAAUGUUUCGUCUAUUAAGUAGAUUAUAAGUUGAAAAAUUGCUCAUUUUUGAACUAGAUACCCCAACGAUCCUUUAAAAUCAUACUUAUCAACAGGGUAUAGGCUGUAAUGAACCUGACCUGUGUCUAGUGAGGUUCAAGAAGUGGACGUGAAGUGUAAAAUACACAUCCAAGAAGUGUGUGAAGAAUAUUUUAAAUUAAAACAUGUAUAUUAUAUAAUUGAGUAUAUGUUGGACUAAUGUAUGCUUAUUUAAGGAGUGUCCAAGGCAUGUGGAGUCGGACACGCGUUGGACAAGGCGUCGGACAAGGGUAAGGGCGCCCACGCGAAGUGUCAGGGCAACUUAGGUAGGGGAAACAUUUCCCCGACAUCUGUAGGUAGCUCAGUUCGGGUGUGUCAAUUGUCUUGUGCUAGGAGAACGAUAAGCAAGGAAAUGACGAUUUUAGGAGAGUUAUAUAUAAAAUUUGGCAACAAAAGACUAGCAACUAGAACUCUUAUACCAUCCUAACAAAAACCUAGAUUUUUUCUGCUGAUGAGGCUAUGCUCAUCAGUGUUUCUUAAUUUUACAUGUUGAGGACAUGUAGGACGAAAAAAUUCCAUAUAAGAUGAUGGAUAACAGAGUUAUUUGAUGAAUAGCGAGGUGUCUUACUAGCUAAGUGUAUACAUAUAAUAGAUAUUCAUACUUGAUUUCAAAUAAUAGAGCUUUGGAGAAAGGUAGUAACCUUUUGCAAAAGAAUAUGGUCUCAAUUGAGCCUAAUUCUUUUUUUUUCUGGUUAUUUACAUAAGCAUAUACAUUCUUUAAAUAUCCAUGAUGUAGCCUGAUAUAUCCUUUUAUAAGUCUUAUCGUAAUAUGAUAUGGUCUUAGUAUCAUUUAUCGCUUUUUGGCAAUUUUUGGGCGAUAUAUCCCCAACAUGACCGAUAUAUCCUUUUAUAUAGCUUGUUGUAGAACAAUGUAGAUUUGCAAAACUUCUUUAAUGUUUUUUAGCAAAAUUCUAGUAUGUUCAUUUCUCUAAAUAAUUUCUACAAUGGUUAGUGAUCCUGAACAUAUAUUAUUUACAUUUUUGUAUGCUUUGAUUUCAUUAUGUAUGUUCAUAUUACAUUUUAGGAUAUUGUAUUAGAUAUGCACAUCAUUCGAUAUGGAACACCGAUAUUUACUACAUAUUCCCAUUAUUUCCCUGAUAUCCACAAUCUGAUAUAGAGUUUAGUCAUCUGAUAUUUCCCGAUAUCCGUUAUUUAAAACCUUGACAUAUAUUUGAUUGGAUUUAGACCUAAAUUGAACCAUAAAUCCUAAGUUCCUAACUAAUCUUUUAAAACAAACAAAAUUCAAAUUGACAUUGCUACAUUUCUGUCAAUUUUUAAAGGCCAAAAUCUCACAUGAUAUAUGGGAAAAAUCAUCAUAUAUCGCUCAAAAAUUGCUAAAGGCCGUAAAGGAUAUCAAGAUCAUAUUGUUUUGUGAUAAAUCUUAUAAUAAGUUAUAUCAGCUGAUACAUCGGCCAUGUGGGGCGUACUUAAAACAAUAAUGCUCAUACACACACAGUAUUAUGAAACAUUUUAUUAGAAUCCUAAAAUAUCGUGUAUCUGGGAUAUUUAAAUCAGCAAGCACUUAAUGUUUUAUCUAUUGGAUAAUUAUUCAUUUUUUGAUUCAUUCGUUUGUGCAUGUGAUUCAAUUUUUUUGGUCUCCUUGCAUUAGUUUCUUCCUUAGGAAAUAACGUUUCGUAGAGAAAGAAGAUAAUUCCAGAGGUUGAGGAUUACAAUCAUAUGAUGAGCAUAGAUAUUCCAUGCAUCAACUUAACCAUCAUGGAAAAAAUAAAAUGAAACCUUAUUGGCCUUCAAAAGUCUCAUAAACAUAUAGUCAUUUGCAUAGUUAUCUAGGUCAAGGAAACCUGCACCCUCUUUCUUUGUUGUAUGAUUUUAUUAGUUGCAUCAUGGAGGAAGAUAUGCCACCUGACAUACCAAUUUGUCUUGUAGGUUUUGUGAAAGGCUGUCACUUGUCAGUACAUUCUUCCCCUUGAAUAAGGCACCAAUCUGUUUGGAGUUAUUACUUAUUAUCUAGUUGGAACCCAGUCUUAGAAUGUAGUAUUAAACUUUCUCUUCUCUCUGUGUUUGGGAGUUUACAAGAGGAAGGAAAGGGAAGGUGGAGAAGGAAAGAGAAUUUAUAACAUCUGUUUGAAAAUUUAGUAAGGGGAAUCAAGGGGAACUUAUUUUAUUUUAUUUGGGAGUUCUAAUGAAGGCAAGCUAAGGGAAAAGAAGAGCUUUAAAGUCAAAUCUCAGCUGUUGAUCCAUGAUGAUAGAUGCCAACCUUUUAAUGACAAUCCUCUCAUCUCCUCUAAACCCCAAUUUGGGAAGAACAAACUCACAACUUUUAUAUGAUAAUUUCCCCUCCCUACCCUCCAUUAUGCUCUUUAAAAAAGUUCCCAAAUAAAGCUAAGGUGGUAACCCUGCCCCUGUCCUUUGCUACUCCCCAUUCAAACACACAGGAAGAAUUGUGCUACUUAACUUAAGAGCAGUGGACCAGUGGUUGAGUAAAUGAGUGAUUCAUCUUUGUCUAUUUUUCGAUUUGUUCAGGAACAGAAAUUUCUUCAAUCAGAUACCAGAAGUCCUAACAAUUCAAGUACAGGCGACAAUGAUGAUAGUGGAACAAUUAGGAAUAGAGUUAAUCAGUUGACGUUAAUCAGAAGUGGGCAAGGAAAUGAACGGCUUCCAGGUACUGUACUUCAAGCACGAGCGAGGCUUCUUGAGAGACUGCAUGGCAUUUCUCUUGCUGAAAGCAGGCAAAGCAUAUGGGCCUUCAAUAUGUCCCAUAAUGAUUCUAAUGGCGAGAAUGACUUUGGGAUAACAGAUUCUAGAGAGUGGGAAAUUGAAACAUUACAAGAAUGGAUUGAGUCUGAUGUACGGUUUACCGACACAGCUGUCGAUGCAAACCAACCAGUGUCCCUUCAUGAUAUAUGCAAGCAGAAGCCUCCGGGACUUAGCCUCAAGACCAUCUAUAGUUUGCCACAAGAAAAUUUCGAGGAUGGACAAGAAAAUGAGUCUGUGUUGAGGGCAUCACUCGAGUGUGCUAUAUGUUUGGAGAGGUUCCAGGCGGGCGACAGGCUCCUUCGCUUGCCUUGUUGCCACAGGUUCCAUCCUUCUUGUUUGGAGCCGUGGCUACAGAAUUUUGGAGACUGCCCUUAUUGCAGGGCAAGCGUAAAAAUUUGUUAACGCAAAUUAAGAAAUAAGAGGCACGAAUUCCGAUUUUCCCCCUCUUUUCCACCGGAUGCAGUUCCAUCCUUUUAUGCCUUGCGUAUGACUUUGGAAAUAUUUGUAAAGCCUGUACCUUCACAAGUGACAUUUCAACGCUAACCUUGUGCCAUGCAGAUCCUUCCCUCUCUUCUUUCUUUUGGUAAAUAUCGUAUCCGAUCUCCGUAAAUACGUACUACCAGUUGUGGGUGUUGUAAUGAGAGACAAUGUUUAUCUGGUGUUAGAUUCUGUGGUUACGUACGUUGGAUGGUCUGUACGUUACCUUUUUAUAUUUAAUCUAAACUCUUUUUAAUUUAUAGAAGA